GGGUGUGUGGGGUGUGAGAGCUGCUGUCUUCUCGGUGCACUUCACUGAGAGCUCCUGUCUGUCUGUCUCUCUGUCUCUCUGUCCGUCCGCGGUCACAGCGCUCUGCACACAUUAAGGCAUUCACAAAUGGCUUCCCUUACUCAGAAUUGGAUUGGUUCUGCAGUCAAGACCAAGAAUAUUGAAAGAAUCAUCGUUCCUACUGCUGCUCAGAUAUCCCAUUUGAUUAUCUUAAGUCAAUGGCAAGACAUAAGUGAUGACAAUUUCUCUGAUCUGGAGCCAACAGCUAAGGAAGUGGCCAAAGCAACCGAAGAACUUGUUUUUGCUGCAAAGCGCCUUGUAACGGACUCCGUUGAUGAUUUGUUGAAAAAGGAAAUGGGCCCAGCUUUAGAGUUUGCUGCAAUGUCUGGAAAGGGUAUUCUGAUGGCAGCCCAGAAACUCGCCUUUCAGCCUGCACUCAGUGAACACAGGAAUGAGCUAAUCACUUCUGCUCAGAACAUCCUACAAGGAGUUAUGCAGAUUCUCUUGACAGCAGAUGAUGUUGAGGUGCGUAGGAUUGUACAGGCCGCCCACUGGCUGCUGGACUGCUUGACCUUGGUGGAAUCUGCGAGGGUCAUGGCAGCAUUGCUCGCUGCUUUCAGGGAGUUUUCAGAGGCAUUGCUUUUGCUCAACAACCUGAUGGAAGGACGCCUUCAGGAACUGAAUGACACGGUGCAGCAGCAGCAUUUGAACCAAGCUUUGGAGAUCCUUAAAAAAUGUGUCCCCAUUUUGCACACAGCCACGUACACCUUCGUAAAGUACCCAAAGAGCGACCAGGCCCAGGCUGCGAAAGCAUAUGCUACUCGUCAGAUUGAUGUCACAGUCUCAGAUAUCAUUGCACUAUUGAAGAGUAGUUCAUCAGGUGAUGAAGCUCAUAACAAAGGUGGUCUGUUUGCUCACCGAUUACACCAGCUUUUAAACAUAUUAUCCAAGUCAAAACGAUCUCUCAUUGCAGACAGCAACUUUGACAGCCUUGUUGAGGGGGUGGUUUUUCACUGCAUGAUUGUGGCUAAUGCAUCUAGGGAGACAGUUCAGCACAAACUAGUGACACAGUGUCAGCGUCUUCUGCAGCUCAGAACUCAAAUCUCCGACCACUGCAAGCUCCUAGUAAGCCUGGGAAGUCUCCGACAGUUACAAAUGGACUUUGACACUGAAUGCGAUGCUAUGACAAAAGAAUUGGAGAGAUUAGAUCAGUGCAUGGACACCACAAUUCUCUAUCAAAUUGUGGACAUCUUUACUGAAACAAAAGAGCCUCUUGAACGCUUAACAAAAGUUGUGUCUGGAUCUCCAACACCAACUUCUCACCUUCCAGCCAAUGUCCAUGUCUUGAGUUUGCAACCAUUUGUCACAUCUUUCCUUACACACACUGACAACAUGAUAAAGGUGGGAGAUUUCACCUCUGCAUGUUGCACCCAGUUACACAAUUUUAAAUCAAUUCAGGCUUCUAUCAGGUGUUUGAAGCAUCUGAGAGAAGACACAAUGGCUGUGUUAACAAAGUUGAGCAGGGGUCCUCAAAAUCCAGAGCUACUGGAAAGACUGCAUCUGCUUAACAAACACUGGGCACACGAAACCGAAGAUUUGUUGGCAUCUCUUGAUGCUGUUAUCAACGUUCACGAGUUUAUUGAACUGUCUGUACAAAAGAUUCUGGAUGACAUGGAGGAAUGUGAAAAACAUAUUUGUGAUCAGAAUUUUAGUCAGUUCACACAGAAUGCUGUCAACCUGUCUGGACGGGCAAAGCGUGUGGCACAAAUUGCUAAACGAUACCUGGAUAAAAGCGAUGAUCCUAUCUUCAGAAAUGCACUAUUGGUGUUAAUAAAUCAGUUGGAAAGUGCCAUCCCACCAAUUCGCUUAGCUACAAAUCUAUGUCUAGGAGACCUUGCGGAUAUAUCCAUGAGAGCCAACCUCUUAAAAAAGAUACAACAAUUGAUUGACUUAAUCUACACAGUGCGUGAUGGCAUUGAUGGCAUUAACCACCACAAACUUCUUCACCCCCUACGUGCCCAGGCCCGGAAACAUGAAGGUCUUAAAGAGAUAAACUACCUAAAUCAUUUGGAUUUUUCAUUGAUAGAUACCAAAAAUCCCACCAACCCAAAAACAAGUAGCUUUGAAUCACAGGCAACGUAUUUAAGCAGACCUCUCACUUCACAAAAUCUGCUUGAUAGUGAUUUGCAAAAAUGGACACUUUAAGCCUAUAAGGGAUGGCCUUUCUGCCCAAUAAUGUAUUAUCUGUUUUGAAUGAUUUUAUUUCUACUGCAUAGAGUAAAUAUACCUUUAGCGAUUGCAUACAUUCUUGAACUGUUGCUAUACUGAUGCUAUUAGAGAGGCUUAGAAAAGACAGCCAUAGUCUAAUUUUUUUUCUUGUCGGGUUACAAAAUAAGUGAUUAUUUUAUAUCCACACAGGUAUGGACUCAUGUGGAGUAUAAACAUCAGUACUGAUUAGUUGAGCUGAAUGAAUGGCCUGUUUCCAGUGCUGUAGCAAUAUAUGUAAUUUCAUGACUAUCCAAUGAAUAUUAGCUACAAUCGAAUAAAUAAGAGUUCAACAGAAUUUUCUAUUAAAACCAAAUACCUUAACAGCGAUUCACGACCACCUUACAAUGUUUCCGGUGGAAAAUCCUCAAAAGAUAAAUUGUAAUUCAA